AUGGCAAACAGGUAUCUUUAUACACUACAACUUUCAUAUUUGAAUAAUCAAACAAUCAGCAUCAUUAACAAUUCGAAGUCGGUUAUCACGAGGAUUCCAAACACGAACGGACUUUUAGCUGACCCGACUGAUCGUGACAAUUUGGCUUUACUACAACAUAUUAAGAAUGGAUGCUCCAGUAAUAUCAGCAGUACAACUGAGACAUUUGAACAGCUGGUGACCAGCAAAUUAGCAAGCUUGUGGACAGUGAAACAAACGAUCAAAGGUGAAGGAGGAUACGGAUACGUUGUUUCUGUUCCAGGACUCAAGGACAAAGGUGGGGACGAGAAGUUCAAACUUCGAACAAGCAAUUGCUUUCUGCAUGGAUUGUUUAAAGGAUUCCUCAUAGAAAUUGAGCAUCUUGAUGAUGAUAUCGAUCAAGAUGAUGUUCCAGAAGGCAACAACCUGAUUGUGAAGUUUACCAACAGCAUAAACAAAAUCAAAAGCCUGAUAGACUUAUACAAAUUUCCUGAGGGUAAUCUUUGCUUCAACGUUUUGAACGAGACCAAACUGGAUUACUUGAGCGAUUUGUGUCAACAAUACUGUGACGCUUUGCAGUUCUAA